AAAAGAAGGCCCUGGGGCGAGGGUGCAUGCCCGUCACGCACUAGACGAGAGAGAGAGAGAACAGUGUUGUUUUAUUUUGUCCUGGAUGUUUGCAACUCGUUUGUUUGCCUACCCAAGUGUGUACCGUUCGGGCUGUGAAACAAAUUCUGUCUUCCGUCUACUCUGAGGGAAAAAAGGUCGAAAUGAGGAAAGACGAGAUUAAUUAGACUCGGAGAAGAGUUUUCGAAAAGAGGAUAAUAAUUCGAAACGGGUCGUUUGUAGUAUUAUGGGUGAUGAGGGCUCGAUAAUCCCGAGCGGUCUCAGGAGGAAAGCGUCCCUUAACGUCUCAUUUUCCGUUAAAAAAGAGAAGGACAAGACACAUCUCAAGGUCGCGAAAAUACUGCAAAAACCGGAAGACCAAAGGACAGACGAGGAGAAGGAAUUGUUGUCGAAAUGCUCGGAUAUCGUCAAGCUCGUGAAUCUCAAGUUGGAAAAGCGCAAAAAGCUGCAGGCGAGGGCGGAAGAGUUCGAAGACGGCGAAUCCGUCCUCAAGGAGAAGUGUCGAAAGCUCGCCGAGGCGAUACAGAAGUCUCAGCAUCUGGUCGUUUACAGCGGGGCCGGGGUCAGCACGGCGGCCAGUAUACCAGACUACAGGGGCAGCAACGGCAUUUGGACCAGGCUACAGCAGGGGAAAGACAUCGGGAACCAUGAUUUGUCAGUAGCUGAGCCGACAUUAGCCCACAUGGCAUUAUUUGCUAUGUUCCGGAGGGGGCUUCUCAAGUAUGUCGUGUCACAGAACUGUGAUGGGCUCCAUCUAAGGAGUGGCCUGCCCAGGAGAGUGCUCUCCGAGGUCCAUGGAAAUAUGAACCUUGAAGUGUGCAAUGACUGCAACAUACAGGUGUGGAGGUCAUUCGACGUGACCCAGCAUACGGCUCGGUAUGCCCACCACACAGCCCGUAGGUGUUCCCAGUGCUGCCAGCCAUUGAAGGAUACAAUUGUCCAUUUUGGGGAACGGGGCAGCCUGGCGUGGCCUAUCAAUUGGUCUGGUGCUUGUCAAGCGGCGAAGCAAGCGGACAUGAUACUCUGUAUUGGUUCAAGCCUUAAAGUAUUAAAGAAAUACCCUUGGUUAUGGGGUAUGGAUAAACCUGUUAAAAAACGUCCACAACUCUACAUUGUAAAUCUCCAGUGGACUCCUAAAGAUGACCAAGCUUCUCUAAAAAUAAAUGGUAAAUGUGAUGACGUGAUGCGUAUCACAAUGGAGUAUUUAGGUAUACCCGUCCCAAAGUACGAUCGGAAACUGGAUCCAAUAUUCACACAUGCAACACUCCUUCACGAGCUGGAGGAACAUACCACAUCGACCCAAAUGCUAGUCAGUCCAGAGGUAAAGUCUGAGCCAACUGAUGAGAAUAUGCAGUUCGAGCCGAUAAAUGAGAACAAAAUUGAGAAGAUCGUAUCCGACAUUAAGAAAGAAAAAGAUAUUUGGCGCCCGUUCAGCAAUGAAAUUACAAUAGUUCCAAACGGGGAAUGUAAAACGGAACCGGAAUUGGAGGUCCCUAGCCAAUCAAUGGAGGUAUCCGAAGGUUUUUCAGUUCAGGUUGAUAUAUUCGAUAAAGUCUAUCAGGAAAUAGCGAAAAAGAUUUUAAAGGAGACAAAUGUUGAAUAUUACAACAAGAUUUACGAAGAACCACUCGAUUUGACAAAACCCAAAACCGAGUGUGAUUUUUGCAUGGACGUUUACGGUGCCCCAAUCUGUCUCUUUUACUUGAAAAGAGAAACAAAACUCCCGCCUAGUGGCCCUGUCUGCUACUGUUGCGAUUCUGAUGAUGACAAUACUGAACCGACAUCUAGCACAGAGCCUGGGAAAAAAGUUCCUACUAACCCUGGAUGGUUUGGAAAAGGUUAUAAGAAAAAAAUCAAAAAGAAAAGGUAGCAAGUUGAGGGCGUUCGUUAAAUUUCGGUUCCUUCCAUUUGAUUUUUUUUUUUUUUUUUAAUUCCUUUUUAUACAAAUUUCAGGGUUGUUGCUCCAGUUCAUUUAAUAAUACAUAUAAUUUAACUAAAUUAAGUCUAAUUUUUAUAUCAGAUGAAACAUUAACUAUUCUAAAUUUUAUGCUUAAAUUACAUAUUUUUAAUAUUUAAUUAAGGAGCUUAAUAGUAACGAGUGAAAAAAAAAGAUUUAUUAAGACGUAUCACUGUAUUCAUAAACUCGAUUCUCUAAAAAUUUUAAUUGUUGAUGAAAUUUAACGUGUACUUUGAUGUGAAACAUCUUUUUUAACAGUAUUAAUUGAUUAAAAAUUAAAUUUAUUACUCAGGUAUUUGAUAAAAAAUUGACCUUUGAGCGUAAAGAAGGGACAAAAAUGGAAAAAAGUUUAAAGUAUUAAACAACAAAUUUUGUGAUGUCUUGAAUAUCUAAUGUAAACUUCAAGGAAUAAAGCAUUCAAAAAGUGCAUAUUCCAUUUGUUUAUCUGAAUAUUUGCAUGAAUCAACGAAACAAUGAAGUAAACAAUUUGAAAAAGUAUAAUGUUUAAUCUAAUAGAAUAGCAACUUAUCUUUUUUUUAGAUGAAAUUUCCCCCUCCCCUUGAUAUUUGUUUUCAUUAAGACUUUGUACAGUAUUGAUACUGUUUUUGGCUUCAGUUGUAAUAAUUAUUAUCUUUAUUAUUAUUAUAGCUCAAUAAUGAUAAUGUUAGAGAUGUUUUUGUUUUGUUUGGAUAAACAGAAAGAAUAUUUAUUACUUUUUGAAACUUUGACAAAAAAAAAAACUGUUUGUUGUUGUGAUAUGCACAUUUUCCACAAUCACUUAUUAAAAUGUGCCACUUGCAAUUUUUAUGUGUGUUAAUCUAAAAAAAAAAAUCCAACUUUGUUCCUCUUUUUUCAAAGGAAAAAAAUAUUUUUCAUCCGUUAUUAACUUAUAAUUUAUGUUUCUUAGGGUUUAAGGAUUGUUUGUGAUUUGGAAUGAUUUUGUAAGCUCAAUUUCAAUAUAAGUAAAUUAGAUUUUAGAUGAAGGAAAGGUUGGCAUUUUAUUAAAAAGAAAGGUUGUUGCUUUUUUUUUUCUGUGAUAUUCUUUUGUAAUUUUCAUAUUUGAAAUUCCAGGAAAAUACGGGAGCAUUCAUGCUGGUCAUAAAUCCCCAAGUUUAUGUUUAUUUCCCGAUUUUGUUUUAUGUCUGAUUACCCUGUUUAAAUCAACAGUCUCGUUUUAGGUAAUUUUCUACUGAAUAAUUUUAAAAGUCAAUUGAUUUUGGAUUAGAAAAGAAAUUUUUGUUGAGAUUUUUAUAGCAAAUGGAAUUGCCUUCUUUUUCUUCAGAGAUGCAUUUCUUAAUGGACUUAGUCCUUUGAUGUCCCCAUAGUUCAUAUUGUCGCUCAUGUGAUAUUGAAAGUUUUUUUAUUAUGAACAGAAAGUAUACUUAUUAAAAUUCUAUUGUGAUAACAAAAAUAAAGAUAUCACAUGAAACACCCGUAAUCUCUGUAAUGUAGAGUGUGUAGUCAUUUAUUAUAUCUAUCUUAUCUAAUUGAAAAUAUAAACUUAAAAUAACUGAGAUGUGUGUUGUAUUAUAAUGACGUGUCGACUCUGUGAAAAAGAAAAUUUGUUAUAUUAGAUGAGCUUUAAUUUUUUGUUUUAAAAUAUUUUUCUAUUGAUCUCAUUUGGCAAUUUAUUUCAGCUCUAUUUAAAAAAACAACUAAUGAUUGCCAAACAAACGAUUGGACUGAAUUUUAUUUUGAAUGUGAAAAAAAAAUCAGGUUACUUUUUAUGUUGUUUUUUCAAGUGUUGUAUUUUCUUCA